UUGUAAUUCACAUGAGUUAUAUGGAUGAUAACUUUGGUUUCAUAUUUUUCCAAAUCUCCAUAAACAUGAAUGAUGCUUAGCACAAAGUAAUUUAUUACCAUGGUAGUUAUUUUGCAGCCACAUCAAGCCUUCAAUGUUGGAGUUCGGUUCCUCCACUCUACAAAAAGUUAUCAUAUGCAGAAUCAAGUAAUGCAAGUAACAUCACCAGACCUAAUUCAAUGUUUUAGUUCUUCUAUCCAUCAGAUAGUGCCUCAAGUUGGAGUUCAAAGCAAAAGUAAAACAAAGGUUUUUGCAUUAAGGAGGAGAAGAGCAAAUGAGAGAACAGAUACUUAUGUAUUAUUAGAACCAGGGAAGGAUGAAAGGUUUGUAUCUGAGGAAGAGUUAAAGGCCACUUUGAAAGAUUGGCUCACAAAUAGACCUGGCAACUCUCUUCCUCCUGAUCUAGCAAGAUUUGAGACAAUUGAUGAUGCUGUUUCUUUCUUAGCAAAGUCAUUUUGUGAACUUGAAAUUGAUGGAGAAGUUGGUUCAAUCCAAUGGUAUGAAGUACGUUUGGAAUGAAUAGAUAGUGUCAGAUUAUUCAAUCAAACAUUUCAUUUGUGUCCUGCAAAACUUGUGUUUGUUAUGUUUAUGGUCUAUUUUAAUUGGUUUAGUUGAGUUUAUCAGUUGAAUGUCUAUAAACGUUUUUCAUCUUA